AUGGCAAAAGUUAAAGCCGCACUCGCGUGCCCGUGCGUGGCUGAUCUCCGUCAAUCUUCGUGUGGAACGAGUUUUGAUGAGGCGUUGACGUGCUUUAUGCUGGCGAAAGACGAGGAGAAGGGGAAGAAGUGCGUGGAGGAGUUUGUGUCGCUACACGCGUGCAUGGUGAAGAACGCAAACGAGUUUCAGGAGUUUGCAAACGAGUUGUUGGAGCACCAAGACGUGCGUGGACCUGCAAAAGCGACGACCAACGCGGGGAAGUGA